AGUGCUGGGAAGAAGAGAGCCAAGCACAGAGAGAGACUGACAGAGGACAGGACACAACAGAGAGAUGAGUCGGGCGGGUAAAGACGAGCCUCGGCCACCCUGUCACCGGAACUGCCGCCCCAACGCAAAGGACAUCAAAAGGUGUGCAUGAGGAUAAAUGCUGUGAGAUCUGGAUAGAGCAGCAGGAAUACACACUCCUGCAGAGAGGCUUAAGGGUCAACAACACUACUGACUGGGAAACCCGAACUUUCUUAUGCUACUGAUCAAAUGAACGAUAUUUUAUCCAACCUUCGGAUUUAAGAAGUCAAGGGAUCACAAUCAUUUUUUUCUUAUUGUUUCAUUAGCUCGUCAAUAGACAACCACAGAAGGUAUAAAAUAGGAAGCUUGCAGAUUGUUUUUCCCAUGGCGAGUUUUUGGGUCUCUCAACCGGGAACCAACUGCAGUUCCAAGACGUGGCUCGUGCUGUUUUCCAUCUUGCUACUUCGGGAGCCUCUCCGUGGUGAGAGCAGUCCCAUCUCCAGCACCCAUCAGAGACAUCGCCCUGCUCCGGGGCUGGGAGACGGGCAUGGAGGGGUGGUGGAUCCGUCACUGCUGGAGCAGGACAGCAGCGUGGACAUGCAGAGCCUGUUGGAGAGCCUGAGGGAACAGUUUCUGCAAACUUUCAACCUGUCGGGCAUGGGUCCUCCGCUGCCCCCUGGAAGCACACGAGAAGAGCCGCCUGAGUACAUGAUGGAGCUCUACAACCGCUUUGCUAAUGACCACACUACCAUGCCCUCCGCCAACAUCAUCCGCAGCUUCAAAAAUGAAGAUUCAUCUCCCAGUAAUGUGGAUGUUGGAGGGGUGAGGCGUCACCCUCUCCUCUUCAACGUCUCAGUCCCCCAUCAUGAACGCAUCACCUCAGUUGAACUUCGUCUCUACACCCUUGUCCAGACUGACCGCCACCUCUACGCUGGUGUUGACCGCAAGGUCACGAUCUAUGAACUGGAAUCACAUGACCUGGAUGACAACACAACUGAUGAGUACUUUUUGAGAGGAGAUGCAUUCAGAGGGGGAGGAGAGCGGAUAGAGCGAGUGGAGUUGGCUUCACGCCAGGUCUACGGCACUGAUAAUGGCUGGGAGGCCUUUGACCUCACUGCUGCUGUUCAACGCUGGCGCAAAUCUGACCAUGGCACCACGCAUGGGUUGGAAGUGCACAUUACCAGUAUGGCUAAUGAUGAUGUUCAAGGUCUGACUGAUGACAACAACGGCAGGAAUCCACCUGAAGGAGACAUGAAGAUUGACACAAGUCCUGAGGAAAAACACAAACCCCUGCUGAUUGUUUUCUCUGAUGACCAAAGCAGUGAUCAUCGUGAUGACAAACGUGAGCUAAAUGAGAUGAUUGACCACGAAACCUCAAACAUGGUUCUGCCGAAUGACUUUGGAACGGGCCUUUGGAGUGAGCUGGGAAGGGACAGGGAGGAGGGUGAGGAAGAGGCUGAGCCGGAUGAAGAGGACCUCAUACAGAUGCGCUCCAAUCUGAUCUACGACACUGCAUCUCGCAUUCGUCGCAAUGCCAAAGGCAACCACUGCAAGAAACAAUCUCUAUAUGUAGAGUUCAAAGAUAUCGGAUGGGACAGUUGGAUCCUGGCACCAACUGGUUACGAUGCCUUUGAGUGCGCUGGCCUUUGCUCUUUCCCACUGACAAAGCAUGUCACACCCACCAAGCAUGCCAUUGUCCAGACAUUGGUCAACAUUAACAGUCCUCAGAAGGCGGCACGAGCUUGCUGUGUGCCCACCAAGCUGGAUCCCAUCUCCCUACUGUACCUGGAUGAAACAGGCGUGGUCACCUACAAGUACAAGUUUGAAGGCAUGGUAGUGGCUGAGUGUGGCUGCAGAUAGUCCAUGCUUUGAAAGAGUCUAACUUGUUGUAAAGUCUUACGGUCAGAGGAAAGACACUGAACAAACAAUAAGCUGGAAAAGGAAAUAAGCCAUGAAUGUCUUUAACAAGGGGACAACUGUUGGAAUCUCUGUAAGGGUUACUCAGUGAGACUGGAAGUGCACAUUCCCUGUUCACGAAACCAAAGGGCGUCCAAAUGAAUGAGUGUGGACAAAUAUGUUUCAAACGACAAAACAGAAACAAGUGCUUCCUCUUACAUGGCCAAAGACAUCAAUCAGUUGCCAUCAUUUAGACAGUGGAGAAACAACGUUCCCCAGAUCUACAGUCAACAUGUUGCCAGUUUUGAAAUCAACAAGAAUAAAAAAGGAACAAGAUUUCCCAAUGACCACAGCAAGUGCAUCCUACAGUGUGUGCAGCCUGGUGGGAACUACUGGGCUAGCCGUCCCCCUCCCUCUACUUCCCCCUGACAUCUGUCUUCCUUUCCACUUAUCUCUGGCCUCCCCACUCGAUGCAAACACUAAUCAGCACUUCAUGUGUCCUGGUGCAGUGAAAUGACCUCCCAGAGGCAACCUGACAAGACAUGAACUCUGUAGGCCCACCUCCUGUCUCCUGCAGCCUCCUGAUACGUAGGUGCUGUGCAGGGGUCCUGGUGGCAGGGUUAUCUUUCCCAAUCCCGUUUCCCACAUCACAUGCCUCUUUUCCACUCCCUCAAGCUAAAGCGAUAGCAAGGUGUUGGGGGUUGAGAAACAUGUGAGCCACCACUCAGGCUUAGAGAACUGGACGCCAUUCUGGGCAUCUUUUGAGGUGCUGGGACUGGGGGCAGAGGUUGACCACAUUCCUAGGCAAAAAACAAUCUUUACUGGCUCAACUCACUGACCCAUCACCAUGUGCCCCCAACAUAUCUCCAACUGCUGAAUUGAGUCAUCCAUCACUUUUACUUUAAAAAUGUCUUUUUUUGGAACGUUAUCACCUGUAAGCUAAAAUUGAGAAUGGAAACGGGGGCACCUUCUUACAUUCCUGUUAUGGAUCCCCUGAAGAAAAAAAUAUUAUUUUCUUUUGUUAUAAGCCUUUUGAUACCUCUGCUGCUUGUGUCAAAUAAAAGACUAUUUAUUGUUCUAAUUUAUUAUUAUUUUUUUUACAAUAAUAUAUAUAGGCUAUAUAUAUAUAAAUGUACAUUUGUAAGUUACUUAGAGUAGAGCAAGUUUUGUAACCAUGACAAUGCAUUUGCAGCAGAAAAUUAUUUUUGUUGGGAAGAGAAAUUGUUUCAAUUUCUAAAACAAUAAAAAACAAAUACUUAAUAAAUCCCAAAUGAAAAGUUGCGUAAUGAUUUAACAACAAAUCUUUACGUUAUUCAAGGCACCAUUAUCUCAUACCAAGAUGAACAUAAAUAUUUAGAGCUAAAGUACCAAGCUGACAGUUUUUCACAGCUAAUUGUGUAUGAUCUACUUUCCACAUCACUGUUAUCAAUCAAAGCAUCUCGGUCUGUUACCUUUCCUUCCCAUUUUUAGGAGGAAUCUGCCAGGCCAGUGAUAUAAUGCACAGCUCACAUUCAGAUCAUUCAGUCUGACAGUAUCAGCUCCCAGGUCAUGGUUCAUACAUGACACACAAACAACGAACCAUGGGAAACUGAGUGGAGGGUCUACUAAUGAACAAAAUGGAUGGCCUGCUGCUCACACUGACAGCGAGCAGAUGCAGACUGCUGUGAUGGAAAACCUGUUUGUGAAUAGAAAAUGUCAACAAAAGACAAAGAUCUGGACUUGUAUCUCUUUCUUUUCUCACUCAGUUUUCUACGAACGCUAAACCAGAACGCACAAGCAUUAUGUUGUUCUGAUAAUGUAAGUAAAGGAUACAGAUCAGAUUUGUGCCGUGAAAUGUGUGAAACUCGAUUGCUUAUUUGCUGUUAGGGAUGUGUGUCAUACUAAUGUUGUAUUAAGGGUGAGAUGCCUGUGCUCUGUUGGGUCGAAGAUGAAAAUCAAAAAAGUUAAAAAAAAAUGCAGUGAGUCACGCAAAGAUUGGAUUGUGGCAAGCAGGUCAGUAUAAUGCUACUAAAUGCCCAAGUACUGACCUAGGAGAAAUCAUGGUCUUUAAUUGGAAGUAAAAACUGGAUUCAGUUUGACACA